AGCCGGGCGCGGGAGGAUGACGUCAUCUCCUUGUUGCGCGGUUUGCGCGGGUCGCGUGCUGUUUUGAACCGACCCUUGCGCCUCAGCUGACGGUCCCGGCCCAGAGCCUGAUUUGUGUCACUUCCUGAUUGGAUUCAGAGCAGAAUGCCGAGCUCAGCUCCGGGGGCCCCGGCAGCCGCCACCGCCGCCAUGCAGGAAGCAGUGGAGGGAGCCGGCAGAGUCAUAGACCGGUAUCUGCAGGAGGAGAGAGUUUACCCGGACCUGUCUGACUUCCUCAACAUCCCCGCUCAUAAUAGUCCCACAGUGUCGGGCAUGUCUGAGAUGGAUUAUCCCCUGCAGGGUCCGAGCCUGCUGAGCAUCCCCAACCUCCCGGAGCUCAGCGCCAUCCGCAGAGUGCCGCUGCCCCCGGAGCUGGUAGAACAGUUUGGACGUAUGCAGUGUAAUUGUAUGAUGGGCGUCUUCCCUGAGAUCAGCCGGGCUUGGCUGACUAUCGACAGUGAUAUCUUCAUGUGGAAUUACGAGGAGGGUGGGGACGUGGCUUACUUCGACGGGCUCAGUGAGACCAUUCUGUCUGUGGGACUUGUGAAGCCUAAGGAAGGUAUUUUCCAGCCUCACAUUCGCUACUUGCUCGUUCUCGCCACUCCUGUGGACGUCAUUAUUUUAGGACUAAGCCUCGCCAACAUGCAAACAGGAAACCCCAACGACAGCUUUUCUGCGGGAAUGCAGCUCCUUCCAGACCCCCUGUACUCCAUCUCUACAGAUAAUACCUACCUAAUAACCAUAACCUCUACAAACAAUGGCCGCAUCUUCCUUUCCGGCAAAGAUGGCUGCUUGUAUGAAGUGGCUUACCAGGCUGAAGCUGGAUGGUUCAGUCCAAGGUGCAGGAAAAUCAACCACUCGAAGAACUCGCUGUCGUUCCUUGUCCCGUCAGUGCUUCAGUUUUCCUUCUCAGAAGAUGACCCCAUCGUUCAGAUUGCUGUGGACAAUUCCAGGAACAUCCUUUAUACCCGCUCAGAGAAAGGUGUGCUACAGGUGUAUGACUUGGGGCUUGACGGCUACGGAAUGAGCAGAGUGGCUUCAGUGUCCCAGAACUCCAUCGUCUCCACUGCAGGGAAUAUCGCCAGGACAAUAGAUCGUUCGGUUUUCAAACCGAUUGUUCAGAUUGCUGUUAUUGAAAAAUCAGAAUCGGUAAAUUGUCACCUACUGGCUGUUACUCAUGCAGGUGUCCGCCUCUACUUCAGCACCGUUCCAUUUAGACAGCCUGCAGCUCGCCCCUGCAUGUUGUCUCUGGUGCACGUCCGCUUACCGCCUGGAUUUUCUGCCUCCUCCACAGUGGAGAAACCAUCAAAAGUCCACAAAGCCCUUUAUAACGAUGGUGUUUUGCUUAUGGCUGCUUCUGAAGAUGAAGAUCAUGACAUACUAUGGUGCAUCAAUCACGACUCCUUUCCUUUUCAAAGGCCACUGAUGGAGAUGCAGGUGACCGUAGCCGUGGACGGCCAUUCUUGGACUCUUGCUUCUAUUGAUGAAGUGAAGGCUGAGAAAGUUAUAACGCCGCUCAACAAGGAUUUCAUCCCGGUGACAGACCCUCCUGUGAUGACACGGCAACACAUUGUGCCCCCCAGGAAGUAUGUGCUGCUCUCAGCUAAGGGAAGCCAUAUUUUCCACAAACUCCGGCCAGUAGACCAGCUCCGAAAUCUUCUUGUCAUCAGUACUGGAGGAGAAGGGGAAGAUAUUGAGCGUUUCUUUAAACUACACCAGCAGGAUCAGGCCUCGGCAACCUGUUUAAUACUUGCGUGUUCUCAUUCUGCUUCUGACCGGGAGAUCUCGGUCUGGGCUACGCGGGCCUUUUUCAGAUAUGGAGGGGAAGCUCAGAUGAGAAUUCAGCCUUCUCUCCCUACCCCCGCCAACGCCGGUGCAAUGUUUGGUUCACCUCUGCUUGUCGGGUCACCCAUGCCUUUGAGCAGUCCAGUGGCAAUGCCGAGCUUCCUGGCUACACCUGCCCAAGGUGUCUACCCACCAAAUGUAUCUACGCCGAUGUAUUCUGCUGCAACCCCAGCCCAUCAGUCCGCUGCCCCUCUGUCGGGCGUAGCAGACGUUUUCUUUUCUGGGAAACACAACGGCAUUUGCAUCUAUUUUACCCGCAUUGUCAAUAAUAUCUGGGAUGGAAGCAUGAUUGUGGAAAGAAACUUCAAGAUCGAAAACCGAGACGUCACAGCGAUUGACAGCAGCUUCUCCCCCCACAUCCUGCAGUCGGUUUUAGAGGAGCUGAAAGGGUUACUGGAAUUUAUGGACAGAAACUCGCAGUUCGCUGCUGGCUCCAUGGGAAAUCCAAGCAGUUUUGGAACACCAGUCAAUAUCCAUCAGCGUUUGGGCAGCAUUGGACGCCAUGAAAUGGGAAGUUCUCAACAAGUCCAGCAAGAACUGCAGAGGAAGUACCACACUGAAGCCCAGCUCAUGGAGAAGACCUCUCUUCAAGGGAUCCACAUCUUGGUCAGAAAGACAUGUCAAGCCUUAGCGCUGUGGAAGCUGCUCUGUGAGCACCAGUUUCACCACAUCGUGUCUGAUCUGCAGAAGGAGCUGCAGGAGCAGCUGAAAAUGACCACCUUCAAAGAUUUAGUGACCCGAGACAAGGAGUUGACUGGAGCCCUGGUCGCAUCAUUGAUCAGUCAUUAUAUCCGUGAUAACGCGUCGGUGGAUGGAAUCAGUUCUCGCCUGCAAGAAGUCUGCCCGCUCUUCUACAGCCCUGAUGACGCCAUAUGCUCAAAGGCCAAUGAGCUUCUGCAGAGAUCCCGUCAGGCACAGAGCAAAUUCGAUAAAGAGUUAAUGCUCAGAGAGUCUCUGCGGGAGUACCAGAAAAUAAGCCAGCAAGUUGAUCUGGCCAAUGUUUGUGGACAGUACAGACAAGUGCGGUUUUACGAGGGUGUAGUAGAAUUGUCUUUGACUGCUGCCGAGAAGAAGGACCCUAAAGGGCUAGGACUGCAUUUUCACAAGAAUGGUGAGCCAGAAGAGGACACUGCCGGCUUACAGGCAUUUCAGGAGAGGUUAAACUGCUACAAAUGUAUCACGGAUACUCUUCAAGAGCUGGUCAACCAAAGCAAAGCGGCCCCUCAGUCUCCAAGUGUGCCCAAGAAGCCCGGUCCUCCCAUGUUGUCCUCUGACCCCAACAUGCUUAGUAAUGAAGAAGCCGGACUUCACUUUGAACAGAUGCUGAAACUGUCUCAGCGUUCUUCUGAUGAACUCUUCAAUAUAGCGUUGUUCAACUGGCUCAUACAAGCGGAUCUCACGGACAAGCUGCUAGAGCUAAACUCUCCUUUUCUGGAGCCUCACCUUGUGCGCAUGUCUAAGAUUGAUCAGAACAAAGUGCGUAGCAUGGAUUUACUGUGGAGAUACUAUGAGAAGAACAGGAAUUUCAGCUGUGCUGCAAAAGUGGUGGCUGAGCUGGCAGACAUGGACAGCACGGAUAUAUCUCUGAAACAGAGGAUUGAGUAUUUAUCCAUAGCCAUCCUAAGUGCAAAAAGUUCCUCUGGCGUGUCCACACUCUCUGACGGGGAAUUCUUGCAUGAAUUAGAAGAGAAAAUGGAGGUAGCUAGGAUCCAGCUACAAAUCCAGGGAACAUUAAUCAGAAGAUAUUCCAACCAACCGACAACCCAGAAUGCCGUGGCACUGCUUGAUUCACAGUUAAUGGAUGCCACAAGGUUAUAUGGAGAUUUUGCGGACCCGUUCAAGCUUUCGGAGUGCAAGCUUGCAAUCAUUCACUGUGCUGGCCAUUCAGACCCCAUCUUGGUGCAGAGUCUGUGGGAAGAAAUUAUAGAAAGAGAAUUAAACGACAGCAGAGGAAUGAACGCUGCCGAGCGGAUGCAGGUAUUAAAUCUGAAGCUGACCUCGCUCGGCAAGAUCUACGCCAGCACGCCACGUUACUUUCCUCUUGAGUUUUUAGUGAAGCAUCUGGAAAAACAAGUCUGCAACCUGAACUGGAACAUAGGAUUUGUGUCCCAGACCAUGCAAGAGAUCGACGUGUCGGUUCCUAAGUUGCUUGAAGUAUACGAUCACCUGUUUAAAGAAAGGGAUCCAUUUUGGACCAGAGUGAAGAAACCUCUGCACCUGCUGGAAUGUAUACACGUGCUGCUGUCUGGAUUUGCACAGGACCCCAACCAAGUCCAGAGGCAUGAAAGGCGGCUGUUUAACAUGGUGUGCCUGGACGCCAUCUCGCUCUAUCUAGUCGAGCUCCAUUCGAUGGAACCCACGCUAGCGGUACAGGCGGCCGUUGGAAACUUCAAGUCUCUACAAGCCAAAAUAGAAAGAUUAGGUUUUAACUAGUCCUUAAUGGUUUUUUUUUUUUAACUGGUUAUUCUGAAACAACCUUAAACUGAGCCCGCGAUGGUGGAAACCAACAAGCACUUGGAAGGGGUCGGAGGAAGCUGAAGAUCUGGAUUUUGUAUUCUUGACUUUUUCAAUCAGAACAUAAGUUAUGUAAAUAAAACCAAUCGGUUUAACA